GAGUGGUAAAGGAAUGGCAUAGAGAGAUUGCUAGAAUAGAUAAGAUCAUACAGACCACAUUUUCUGUUCACAGUCAGUUCGUUGCAUAUUGUAGAGGCAGCAAAUGCAAGACUGUUAUUACAACAUACUGAAGAACUGCAAAAUUUCCGGAUUAACGUUCCCCUUCUGGCGAUGUGGGGAUGGACCAGACUCAUGAACGCAAGAUGAGUUUUGAAGGGGCAGAGGGUAGACCAGCUCCACCCACCUCCCUGCCCCUGCAGGGCCAAGAGGGCAUGUCCUCUCAGAGAAAGAAGCUGUCGGCUCCUCGUAUAAGUCUAUCAUUGGACCAAAGUGAGGAUGACCUGUUCGACACACCAGAUGACCUCGACAUCAAUGUGGAUGAUCUGGACACACCUGAUGAAGCGGACUACACUGACCAUGAGAUUGACUGGGAAGAACCUCAAGUAUCCCAGAGAGAUUCUGUAAAAGAAGCAGUUGAGCCCAUUCCGACAUACAGUGCUCAGGAGGAGCGGCAGGAUUCCAAACUCUGGAGAACGGUCAUCAUUGGAGAGCAGGAGCACCGCAUCAACAUGAAGAGCAUUGAACCGUAUCAAAAAGUCAUAUCACAUGGAGGCUACUAUGGCAAUGGCACAAGUGCUAUCAUCGUGUUUGCUGCAUGCUUCCUUCCUGACAGUGACAGAGAGGACUAUCACGAGAUCAUGGAGAACCUGUUCUUGUAUGUUAUCAGUACACUAGAGCUCAUGGUAGCAGAGGACUACAUGAUUGUGUACCUGAAUGGAGCCACUCCACACAGGAGGAUGCCUGGCUUAAACUGGCUCAAGAGAUGCUAUCAGAUGAUUGAUAGGAGGCUAAGAAAGAACUUAAAAUCAUUCAUCAUUGUUCACCCAUCAUGGUUCAUUAGGACAAUUCUAGCCAUCACGAAACCGUUUAUCAGCUCAAAGUUCAGCAGUAAGAUCAAGUAUGUGAACAGCUUAGCAGAACUAGAGGAGCUCAUCCCAAUGCAGCACGUCCACAUACCUGAGUGUAUCAUCAGACUGGAUGAGGAGUUACGGGAAGCAGCAGAGAGCUCUAAAAUCCACAGCUUUCUCCAAGGAAGUGAGAUUCCACAAGAAUCAAUAGCUCAACCCAAUGCGAGCAGUUCCUAAGAGCCAUUGGCUGUGGGUGAAAGAACAAUGUGUCUGUAAGGGUUUUGAGUAUUUCAAAUUGUAAUGAUUCACACUGAUGUGGAUGCAAUAACUGCAUAAAAUAAGACAAAAGGGUAUUUUUCUGCUUUGGUAUCUCACAGUGCUUGGAUGAAUAGUUUAGCACCACAUGUUAUUUAACACAAAUCACCUCAAAUGUAAUGAUUCUUCUCACAGAACAGUAGCUUAAACCAGUGCAACGCUUGAAUCACUCUUUGUCUCUUGUUGUCAUGUAAAAGUUUCUCUUGUUACUUGAAUUAUGCAUGAGAGGCAUUUUAGCAAUAAUAUCAUGUUGUACUUUUCCCCUUGAGGCUCAUAAUUUUCACCGUCAGGUAUUUUUUUCUAAUUGGAGCAUGUACAAAGGCUCUGUAUUAAUAUUAGUGCAUGCACGGUUAUUCUCUACACAAAGACAAUGCGUAGCACCCUGUUAGCACUAAUGCUAACUCUCUACCCUCUCAUGCUAAAUUGAUGACUUGGAAACACAGAAAAUAGAGCACUAGUUAAUUAUUGCCAUUGUCAGAAACAAUAUGAGUCAGGUUUAAAUUUAAACAACGCCUCAUAUCACUUUAUAUGUAUCAGUUCACGGUCAGCAGGGAGAAAUCAUUUGUAGUUCUUAAACGUCAAGUGUGUUAUGCUAAAAUGCUUUCUCUAUUAUUUUAGGUCCAGGUUGACUUCCUGAACAAUGUAACAUAAAAACUUUUCUUUCAAAAUGUUCUUUCAUAAUUUGAGCAGUCAAACAUGUCUGGCUCAGCCAAUUCCUUUUUAACAGUAGUGGAUAUUGCCACAACAGGCAGCUUAGAACAUCUGUGAAACCCAAUGCUUGCUAAUAUAAAACAUUAUAUUCAACAGUUCAGCAGUGCCUGCUCAAUUUUUCAGCAGCCUUGGUUACGGAAGUAAUUCACCCUAGUAAUUCCUAUAGGGAUAAAAAAAAGGAAAAAAAAAUCAGAAGUCAAAAUAAUGAAGGAUUAUGGCUUUAACAAAAGCAUCUAAUGCAUUGAUCAACAACCUUGUAGCUCACAGUAGGUCUGGCUUUAAUAUUUUUGUAUAAGUUAUUUAAAAUAUUUUCUUCAAUGGUGAAAAUGUAUGUGAUUUUUAUUCCAAAACCCAACAGUUGCACAAAAUUACUUUUGACUCCCACCUUGUGGCAUUGUGUUCAGAAAUAUAAAUUGUUAUUUGUGAAAUUCUCUUUGGAGCCACUAGGGGCUGUAAUGACACACUUCACCUUUAAGAAUCAUAAGCCAUAGUGAUGCAUUAGUUGGUCUUGUGCUCACACUAAAAUCAGUCCAAAGUGUUUCAGAACUUUGAUGUCUUUUAGAGUGUUUACCAUGUAUAAAGUUACAAAUAUUUGCCACAAAGAUCUGUAAAAUCCUAAGAGCAUGCUGUAUCAGAGGGUUUCACAUUGUGACUGCUCUGUCUACUUUCAAACUCCUCUUGUGUCAGUGUGUGAGGCUGUGUAUGUGUAUAGGUUUGUGUGUGCGUGUGUAAUUGUCUGUUUAUGUGUUUACAUACUGUUAGGUCUCCAAAGUUAUUCCUGCUAACAGGUUUUGGACAAAAAAAAAAGAUUGCUGUAAAACACAAUAUUCAAAUUAAGUGUGCAGGUCUUUGUGAAUAUAUGAGAGACAUUAUGUGUGAUUGUAUCAGUGCAUGUGUCCCUGGAUGCUGAUAUCUGAUCCUUUUAGAUUGAAAUUCUAUUGAACAUGGUAUAUAUAGAUGAACGAUAAUCCAGAGGCCUUUUCCAGCAAAGCAUAUUGAGAUUGAGAUGUAUGUCAUAUUGCAGAGUAAAUCAAUAAAUUGAAAUCUUAUCUGAA